AAUUGAAUCUGAAUAUGACGAGAGACACCCAGAAUUGGCAUCAUGUAGCAAUUAUUAUGAGCACAGAAACAAACACGAUAAGUGUCUUUAUAAAUGGAAUAAUCGAUUCUCAAAAAAGUCUUCCCUGCCAUAGAAAUGCCAAUUUGAUCGGACCCGACUUCAGAUUUGCUGUUGUGCUUGAUGAGGACCCAUCAACAGACAUCUCGAUAUCUGGGUAUCAGAUUACUUCCAAUGUUCCGUCUGGUGACGAAAUUCUUCGACAUGCAUCGUCAUGUAGCUACAACAGGAAUGAUACGUUUGUUACAUUGAGUAACAUUGACUGGACAUCUUUUGAUAGCUCACACAUUAAAACACCAAGCCAAUGUGACAAUGUAAAUCAGUGCAUCCCAAAUCCAUGUAACGGCCACCGCUGCAUAGACUUGGUUAGAAACUAUAGAUGCCACUGUACCAAUGGUUUCACUGGUGAAACUUGUGAGAUUCCCCCCGACUACUGUAGCGCAGCGCCGUGCAAAAACGGUGGUGUUUGUCAGAAUGGAGAACACACUCAUAUAUGUACAUGUUCGAAAGGGUACAAAGGGAUAAAUUGUGAAAUUCCUAUCGAUUGA